CUAUAAGUGGAGCUGAGGCUAAUUUAGAAGUUGCUAAAGCUUGGAUGAAAUUAACCGAACUCAAAGAUGGUAAUACUCCUCUAAAUGCCGGUAAUUUACAAUUUCGUGGUGGAGCAAGCCCAAUUAGUGGUAUUGCUAACAGAGCAGGCGGCAAGGCCGCCGACAUGGAUGGAACCGGAAGAAUCCACGCCGGACCAAUCGGUGGAACUUUAGCAACCCAAAGUUUUCUCAAUGCAACAGCUGCCGGUGAUGGUGGUCGUGGUUUUCAUGGAGAUCCGCUUAAUGAAGUAAAUAAUAUACCAAGGGGUUCAUUAGCAGCUUAUAGUCCUGCUAAUGGAGACGAUAAACUUUGUGGAAAUGUGAUUACUGGACCCGAAGAUAUUGAUACUUCAGGAAAAGCAACUGAUGCCUUAACAUAUAAACCAGAUAAAGAAAGACCGGAAGAAAAAUCACCAAGUGGUAGUGGUAUAGAUCAUGGUAAAACAGCAGAAGAAAACAAAAUAAAAAGAGAUAAAGAAGAUGCUAAAAAAGAAUUAGACAGUAUAAGGGAAAGCAUUAAAAUAAGUGAAUGUGAUACAGUGGCGAAAGUUGAUGAUGCUCUUAAAAAGUUAAAUGAUUUUGAAAAAAGUGGUAAAUACAAUGGACAAGCUGAAAUAGUUUUCAAAGAAGAUAAAGCAACACAAGAUCUUAUUAAAGAAUUAGAAACGAAAAAAACAGAAUUAAGUGGUGGUAAAGAAACUGGUGGUAAAGAAACUGGUGGUAAAGAAACUGGUGGUAAAGAAACUGGUGGUAAAGAAACUGGUGAAAACGUUGAUACUGUCCGUAAGAAAAUCCAUGAUGAAUUAGCAGCUCAUAACCUUAACGAUAAACAAACAAAAAAAAUUCUCCAAGAUCUUGAAAAAGAUUAUCCAGAAAUUAAAGGACAAACCACUCUUCAAGCUGCAUUAGAAAAACUUACAACUCAAGAUAAACUUAAUAGUUUCAAAAGUGCAAUGAUAAACAAAAUUGAAUCAGUCAGUCAACAGGUUGUUCACUAUCAAGAAUAUAUUAGAGGUGAAAAAAAUAUUGGUAGCGAUCGGCAAAAGAUUGAAGAAGGAGCCCAGACUUUAAAAGAGAUUGACGAUAUCGAACAGGCUAUUUUAACUGAAGUUAAGGUUGAACUACAAAAAAAAGGCAAAAAUUUACAAAAAGACCAAGAACUUGAAAAAGCCAAGGAAAAAUUAGACGAAGCACAAAAGAAACAUGAAGAAAAAAGGAAAAUUCGUGAAAAGGCAGAAGAAGAAUAUAAAAAACUUCCUGUGAAAAGUACUGAUUUAUUUUCACCAGAAGAAAGUAAAAUAAAUGACGACUACGGAAGUGCUAGAGCCUAUGAAGACAAGGCUGAUGAAUAUCGCCAAGAAGAAUUAAAAAAAGUUCGCGAAAAAGUUAUCGACAAUAUUCAAAAUGAACUAAAAAGAGCUAAAUUAGCAAUCACUGAUUUAAAUAUUGAAUUUACUGAUAAUAAGACUUGA